GUCAACGUUUGAUUUGAAUUUGUUCGUUAGGUGAUUGGCGACACACGGCGUGGCUCGUGUGAGACGAGAGCUGGAUCUCCGGUCGAAUUGCGUGGGUAGGAUUCCGUGAAACCUCGGCGACUGUUGUUGAACCGACAAUCGUGUUCUCUCGGCCACGCACGAUGGAUAACUUCAUAAAAAUAGAGAAAAUCGGCGAAGGAACGUAUGGAGUAGUGUACAAAGGAAAACACAAGAAGACCGGAGAAAUUGUAGCCAUGAAGAAGAUUCGUUUAGAAGGCGAUGACGAAGGAAUACCGUCAACUGCCAUUAGGGAAAUUUCAUUGCUCAAAGAAUUAUCCCAUCCAAACAUAGUGAACUUGAUCGAUGUGUUAAUGGAGGAGUCAAAACUAUAUCUUAUUUUUGAGUAUCUCACUAUGGAUCUGAAAAAAUACAUGGAUAGUUUGGGCAAUAAACUGCUGGAGCCAGCUAUAGUUAAAUCAUAUUUAUAUCAGAUCACACGUGCAAUUCUCUUCUGUCACAAGCGUAGAAUACUGCAUCGCGAUUUAAAGCCACAGAAUUUGCUGAUCGAUAAAACCGGAAUUAUCAAAGUAGCAGACUUCGGACUUGGGAGAGCAUUCGGAAUCCCAGUCAGAAUAUACACACACGAAGUUGUAACUCUGUGGUACAGGGCACCUGAAAUCCUUCUCGGUGCUACUAGAUAUUCGUGCGCGAUUGAUAUGUGGAGUAUCGGAUGUAUCUUUGCUGAGAUGGCGACUAAGAAACCAUUGUUCCAGGGAGACAGCGAGAUUGAUCAGCUUUUCAGGAUAUUCCGAAUACUAAGAACGCCUACAGAAGAGAUAUGGCCAGGCGUAACGCAAUUGUCAGAUUAUAAAGCGACAUUCCCCAAUUGGAUGACGAAUAACUUGGAGUCGCAAGUGAAGACGUUAGAUGCGGAUGGAUUGGAUCUGUUGCAAGCUAUGCUCACGUACGAUCCUGUGUACAGAAUAUCCGCACGGGCGGCAUUGAAACAUCCCUACUUCGGCAAUUUGGAUACAAGCAAAUUACCCGUCGCUAAAACAUAGGAGCCACUCGGGGAGAAGGAAGCAGAAUUUUGCAUUUUUAAUCGUGUCACUACGUGAAAAGUAUGUCUUAAGGUGUACUGAAAGUUAAUUUAUUUGAGUAAAUGUUCUUCAUUUUGUUUAAUCAUUAUAUCGAUUGAAGUUUACUUUGUAUUUUCUUAGUGGAACUUAUUUUGUAUGCGAGUAAGCGUAUAGUUUUUUAAAUUACAUAAAUUUCAUGCAGACACAUAAGUUACUGCCGGAAUAUAGUAACAGUAUUUCACGUAAUGUAUUUCAUUUAAGUAAGUUUAUCCAGUAUUUCAUUCAUAAUUAUUUUAAUCAAUGAUGUUAUCAAUUCCAUAUAUUUUCCUAUGUUUAACAUUUUAUCGAGCCUCGCUCGAUAAAUGUUAAUAUUACUACUCAAACAUUAUAUUUUACUUACGUUUAAUUUACUCUUACGUUUAAAUUCACUUUUGCUACACGAUAUGAUAUACAGUCUCCUAUACGCAUUACUUUAAAGGAACCAAUUUAAAAAUAAUUCAAUUUUACAUAAUGUUGUCAUAUAAGCCAAAAACCCUGAUCAUCUUUGUGCCUUAUUCUCUGAUCUAGAACAUUUGUCUAAAACAAUCACAAAUUGGUUAUUAAUAGGAGACGAGAUUAGUAAUUUAUAACUAGCUACUAUAGAAUCUACUAUACUCUAUGGAACCUGCAGAAAAUUUACAUACUGUGAGCGUUGGUCGCAUUAAUCUAAGUACGUUUAAUGCAAAAAUUUUGUAUCUUACAUAAAUAAAUAAUUUUUUAUCGGCAA